AUGAAGACAAGCUGCCCACAGGCGCAACAGUGAAACACAGAUAAGGAGAUCUACAAGAAGAGUAGAGAAACGUGGCAAUUAAUCCUACGACUACCUACGAGAAAUAAGGGGAAAUAAAGUGGAUUUUAUUCAAGAUGCCAGAGAAAGCCGGCCAUACAAUGGAGGAGGAAGUGGAGACCUUUGCCUUUCAGGCUGAGAUUGCUCAGCUGAUGUCUCUCAUUAUCAAUACCUUCUACUCAAACAAAGAGAUCUUCCUUAGGGAGCUCAUCUCCAAUUCCUCAGAUGCUUUGGACAAAAUCAGAUAUGAAAGCUUGACAGACCCCAGCAGACUUGAGUCCUGCAAGGAGUUAAAGAUUGAACUCAGGCCCGACCUUCAUGCUCGCACCCUGACCCUCACUGACACAGGUAUUGGCAUGACCAAGGCUGACCUGAUCAACAACCUAGGAACCAUCGCCAAGUCCGGCACCAAGGCCUUCAUGGAGGCCCUACAGGCAGGAGCUGACAUCUCCAUGAUUGGUCAGUUCGGUGUUGGUUUCUACUCUGCCUACCUGGUGGCUGAGAAGGUGACGGUCAUCACAAAACACAAUGAUGAUGAGCAGUACGUGUGGGAGUCUGCAGCUGGAGGCUCAUUCACAGUCAAAUCUGACACUGGUGAGUCCAUUGGUCGUGGCACAAAGGUGAUCCUUCAUCUCAAGGAGGACCAGUCAGAAUACUGUGAGGAAAAGCGCAUCAAGGAAGUCGUGAAGAAGCACUCGCAAUUUAUUGGCUACCCUAUUACACUAUUUGUGGAGAAGACUAGGGAGAAAGAAGUGGACCUUGAGGAGGGAGAAAAAGAAGAAGAGGUUGAGAAGGAUACUGCUGAGGACAAGGACAAACCUAAGAUUGAGGAUGUGGGUUCCGAUGAGGAUGAGGACACAAAGGAGAGCAAGAACAAGAGGAAGAAAAAGGUCAAGGAGAAGUACAUUGAUGCUCAAGAGCUGAACAAGACCAAGCCCAUCUGGACACGUAACCCCGAUGACAUCACGACUGAGGAGUACGGGGAGUUCUACAAGAGCCUCACCAAUGACUGGGAGGACCAUCUGGCAGUGAAGCACUUCUCAGUGGAGGGCCAACUGGAGUUCCGUGCACUACUCUUUGUGCCCAGAAGAGCCGCAUUUGACCUCUUUGAGAACAAGAAGAAGAGAAACAACAUCAAGCUAUAUGUGCGCAGGGUCUUUAUCAUGGACAACUGCGAUGAGCUGAUGCCAGAAUACCUCAACUUCAUUAAGGGUGUGGUGGACUCUGAGGAUCUCCCUCUGAACAUCUCCAGAGAGAUGCUGCAGCAGAGCAAGAUCCUGAAGGUCAUCCGUAAGAACCUGGUCAAGAAGUGCCUUGAGCUUUUCACUGAGCUGGCCGAGGACAAAGACAACUACAAGAAGUGUUAUGAGCAGUUUUCAAAGAACAUCAAGCUGGGCAUCCACGAGGAUUCUCAGAACAGGAAGAAGCUUUCUGAGAUGUUGCGUUACUACACCUCUAACUCCGGUGAUGAGAUGGUUUCCCUGAAGGACUAUGUGUCUCGCAUGAAGGACAACCAGAAGCACAUUUACUACAUCACUGGUGAGACCAAGGACCAGGUGGCUAACUCUGCCUUUGUGGAGCGUCUUCGCAAAGCUGGCCUGGAGGUCAUUUACAUGAUUGAGCCCAUUGAUGAGUACUGUGUCCAGCAACUAAAGGAAUACGAUGGCAAGAAUCUGCUUUCAGUGACAAAGGAGGGCCUUGAGUUGCCUGAGGAUGAAGAUGAGAAGAAGAGGCAGGAAGAGCUCAAAAUUAAAUUUGAGAACCUUUGCAAGAUCAUGAAGGAUAUCCUUGACAAGAAGAUUGAGAAGGUCACUGUCUCCAACCGCUUGGUCUCCUCUCCAUGCUGCAUUGUCACCAGCACCUACGGUUGGACAGCCAAUAUGGAGAGGAUCAUGAAGUCACAAGCACUCAGGGACAACUCCACCAUGGGCUAUAUGACAGCCAAGAAACACCUUGAGAUCAACCCCCAGCAUCCAAUUAUUGAGACCCUGAGAGAGAAGGCAGAGGCUGACAAGAAUGACAAAGCUGUGAAGGACUUAGUUAUUCUUCUUUUCGAGACUUCCCUGCUGUCUUCAGGAUUCACACUGGAAGACCCUCAGACACAUGCCAACCGCAUCUACAGAAUGAUUAAGCUUGGUCUAGGUAUUGAUGAUGAUGACUCAGCAGCUGAAGACGUCAUUCAGCCUAGUGAAGAAGAUAUGCCCGUUUUGGAAGGAGACGAUGAUACAUCAAGAAUGGAGGAAGUUGACUAAGAUAUUACAGAAUUUCUUGUGAUAACCUUUAACUUUUUUUGUAAGUUACUUUGCUGUUUCUAAGUAGACUUUUAAUUUUUACACAACUGUCUUUUCUCCGAAACAGUAAUUUUUACAGUUAACACGUUUAUCUACAUUAUCAUAACCUACCGCGGGCAUAUAUCACAUCAACUGCGGACUACAGACCCAAUGUGUGAGUAAUAUCUGCUCAACAGGAAACUAGUCAGUGACUACACACGCUUUUGUAACUGUUAAAUAUUUUUUAUGAAGAAGAAUGUAGAUUUGUAAUAAAAAAGUGUUUAGA